AUGGAUCAACCCGGUUCAAAUACUCCCACUCAAAACCAGCGACCAACUGUGAUUGUAGCUGGUCCAAAUAUAUUCAAACAAGGCCGAAAGCGCAUAAUUGAUGUAAUUGAUCUAACCACAUCCGACCAAAACCAACAACCAAUUGAUGUAGCUGGUCCAAGCACUUACAAACAAAGUCGGAAACAACCAGUCAAUCAUAACGAAUCUUCAAAUACUGUUUCAAAUCAAAUAGCUGUAUUAAGUGGAAGAUAUCAAAAAACCUUUAAUCGUAUAAAGCAAAUGCUUGUAGAGUCUAAAGAAAUACGAAAGAAAAAACUCAAAGAAUAUUGUGAUUAUGAAUUCCUUAGAUUCGAACAAUGGUCAGCGCUAUCAAGAGGAGAAGAAAUAUCAGGAUCAAAGUACGAUCCAGACACUGAAAAGAAAUUGAAACAAGAGUAUGAAAAGGCAGUUACAAGAGUACACGAUAUCAGACGAAACUUGAAAAAGUUUAUGAAAAGGCAUGGUUUGAGAUUUGAAGAACCAAAAGCAGAUUCAGAUUGA